CGCGCGUCUUUGAUUCAAACUUUUCCCCUCGCGGGGGUUGCGUGGUGUGUCGGCCGGUCGCCGUGGAAACGGGCCGAUGAGUACUCUUCUGUCGUGGCGGCCGAUGGAGCCUCGACUGGUGGGGCCUGGGCCCUACCGCGCCACCCGGCUGUGGAAUGAGACUAUUGAGCUCUUCCGAGGUGGGAUGCCUUUACGGAAGCACCGCUGUCGCUUCAAAAGCUAUGAGCGCUGCUUCACAGCUUCGGAGGCCGUCGACUGGCUACACAGACUGCUGCAGCACAAUCAAAAUUUCAGCCCAGAAGUGACCCGCACCCAAACAGUUCAGCUCCUCAAAAAGUUCCUGAGAAACCACGUUAUCGAAGAUAUCAAAGGAAGAUGGGGCAAAGAGGAUUUUGAGGACAAUGGUCACCUAUAUAGAUUUCCUCCUUUCUCGCCACUCAAACCAUAUCCCAAACGAUCCCCGUACCGAAAGGAAGUUGUCAAAUUCCCAAACUGGAAUGAUUUUGAAAGGGAUACUUUCCGAGAACAGAUCCCAGGGAAGCCCCUCAUGUUGAAUUCUGAAAUGUGGUUCAAACGUCACAGUAUUGCAAUUGGAGAAGUACCAACAUGCAAACUCAUACAUCGUCGACAACUAACAGAAUCAAAUCUGGAAGAUAUAUGGAGGUCCAUGACUCUAUCACACUUGCAAAAGACUUUAGGCUUGGAUUCUCUGAAUGACAUGCUGGACAUUAAACUUGUGAAUCCAAAGCAUAUAAUUCAGAAUGUGUAUAAUGUUAACAAGCAGGGGGUUGUCAUCCUAGAAGAUAAAUCAAAGGAGCUGCCUCACUGGGUGCUGUCGGCAAUGAAGUGUCUGGCAAGUUGGCCCAGGUGUCCGGAUCUGAAACAACCGACAUACUCAGGAUUUGAAAGAGAUGUCUUCAGAACCAUAGCGGAUUACUAUGGCCACAUGAAGGAGCCUCUUCUCACUUUCCAGUUUUUUGAUCUCUUCGUCAAUGUGCUAGGUCUCCUGCAGAAAGAGAAGCUGGCCAUUGAAGCUCUGCGGGUUUGCUGCCUCCUCCUUCCGCCAGCGAACCGCCGAAAGCUGCAGCUGCUGAUGACUCUGUUGGCCAGGAUUGGCUCAAAUAAAGAUCUGCCACCCCUCUCAGAUACAGUCGGGACGAGAACGCUGAUGGUUCAGUCCUUUUCUCGCUGUAUUCUUUGCUCCAAGGAUGAUGUGGACUUGGAUGAACUUCUGGCUGCUAAACUGGUGUCAUUCUUGAUGGACAAAUCUCAAGAGAUCUUAAGCGUACCUUGUGCUCUGAAAGCUAAAAUAGAGGAGCAUGUAGCACAUCUCCAAAGGGUCCAGAUAAAAUAUCCAGGAGCUGAUGCAGAUUCGACCUUGCCUGCACCGUCGUUUUGUCAUCAGAUCAGCGCAGAUGAGUUUGAACACCAAAGAACAAAUGGCUCCCAAGAACCCUUGGUAGGUUUGUUGGAAGAAAUUGUGAUGAAUCGGGAGAUGUCCAUCAAGGAGAAGAAGAAAAAGUUGAAGCAGUUUCAGAAAUCCUAUCCUGAGGUGUACAAGGAGCGAUUUCCUACUCCUGAAAGUGAAGCAGUUCUGUUUCCAGAAAAAAGCAAACAGAGACCAAUGCUGUUGGGGUGGGCCUUUAAAAAGCCUUUCCAGCCUUUUCAAAGAACAAGAAGCUUACGGAUGUAAGACUCUGAAUGAACUGCAUCUCAUUAAUGACCAGGUUUGUGAAUCUGGUACAGCUGGAAUUUCGUUGACUACUGAAAUCACACUGAACGAGGGAGAAGAAUUCUGGGCAGCAAACUGUUGUGCUGAGCCAUUAUCAGUAUUUUUCUUUUGUAAAUCUACUCAGUUGGAGCCAGACUUAGCUAUGCUUAAAGUCGACCCAUGGAAAACAAGCGGACAAAUUAGUCAUGAUUUCAAUAGGCCUAUGGUAAUGACUAAAGGCUGGAUCCAAGCCUUUGUGUUUCUUUCUUUUUUUAAACAAUGAGCUGGUUUGAUGAUCGCAUCUCAACAACAUAAGAUCGGAACAAGCUUUUUGGCUGUGCAUGCUGUCCCUUUUGCUCCUCCCUUUAAAUGAGCUAUAACCAAACAAGGAAGCCUAAUUAACUAUAGUUUUCUAUUUUAUCUGAACUGGGGAGCUGUGGAACUUUGGAAGAGGCCGGGAUCUUAAACCAGGGUUUGAAGUUCGCUCAAUAUCUUGGCUACUUUCAAUCAUGGUUAAUUAAAGACUCCCUGCUUUAAAGACACAAAGGGGGAAGAGUGAAGGGGUUGUGUUCAUGGGAUAAAUGCUCAUUUAUAUAUCUGUUACUACUUGGAGUGAACUGGUUGACAUGACACUAAGCCAAACCAUGCCUUAGCAUGAGCUCAUGUGCCUGAGGGUUCCUGGAGAGAAAACUGAUCACUGUCUCUGCUGCUGCUGCUGCUGCUGCUCUGCUCUGAGCAUGCCAUGGUUUAGUGUGUCAUCUGAACCCAGGUUCAUGGUUUGUCUCCUCUAGGCAAACCGUGAGCUGGAAACUUAAGAAGAAGCAUUGAGUGGUUUGCCUGGAGUGCAGUGGCAGCAAUCUCUCUGGAAACCUUCAUGCUUACUUUGGAAAGCCUUAAAAGGAGCUUAAACUACUGUGUAUAUAGGCAAUGUCGAAUUUCUGAAGGGUGUAAAGUACUGUAAUUACUUGAAUGAACCUGAAACACUGGAUAAUUGUACUAGCUGUAGAUCAGAUAGUUAAUUAAACUUUGUACUACUGAUUUCAACAACAGGCUUGCGUUCUUGGUCACAGGCAUGAUGAAGAACAGCCAUUUCAGAAAGGGACCUCGAGGUGCAGGAUCAUGCCUUCAGGUGCUCUACAUGUGAUCUCGAUUGUAGAGCUAGACAAAUCAUGGAGAAAUAUUUUGGUCUUAGUUGUGGGGGGGGGGAGCGUUGUGGUGCCCCCUGCCUCUUGCUUGCACAGCUACUGGUGUUUUUUUUGCCACAGUCUGGAAAGUUUGCCUCCAUCGCUUUCUACAGUUUUUCUCUCACGAACCCCUGCAUUCUUUCUCACGCAUGUAGGGCUCGUGUGGGUGCUGUCCUUGGGGAGAAGAUGGCCACACACUUGAAACAAUUCUAUUGCUACAGAGACACCGCUUCCAGUUUGUACCUUUUGGUGCAGAAAACCCAACAGGAGCAUAUCAUGACCAAUGAAUGGGUUCCAGCUCCUCUAAGCUGGUGUUCCUAACAUAAAGACAUGCAGUUUUUAUCCUGCUUCCAUUCUGCCAAGGUGCUCAGGCCCACAAACAUGUGUCGUCUUUCCCCCCCCCCAAACCCUUUAUCAUUGCAACAGUCCUGCGAGGUAGGUUAGGCAGAGAGAGAGAGAGAGAGAGAGAGAGAGAGAACGCAAUCAAUAGGUCCAAGGUCACCUAAUGGGUUUCAUGGUUGAGCACUAACUUGAAUGUAGAUCCUUCAGCUCUGUACUAGGCACUCUGAAGUCUCUGUGUGUUCAUACUGUAAAUGUAACACUUUUGAAUGUACCCCAAGAUGCUGCACUUCUGAAACAUUUCAAGGAAUAAAUCUUCCGUGGUUUAAAGGG